AUGGCCGAGAACUCCCACGCCGACAUCCUCUACCGCCUCCCCGGCGCUUGUGGCAAGAACCAGUGGUGCGUCGAGUUCCACGGCUACAACGAGAUUGGCCAGGGCGCUUGGGACGUCACCUGCGUCGACAAGCCCAACAUCCACACCUGGGUCGCCAACACCUUCUCCAACCCGGGCCAAGUCACCACUUGCAGCGCCGGAUGGAACAACAAUGGCAAGCGUAACCUCAAGGCUACAUUCGAAGUCGACGUCAUGGAUGAUGGUGGAAUCAACCGCAUCAACCCCAGGGAGGUGUACUACCAGCUUGGUGGCAAGCGGAUCGGUGUCUCCCGCAGCGGUGACUCUGAGGUCGGUUCGGGAUCUAUCAUCAUCCCCCCUGGUGGAUCUAUUCAGGCUUGUGUCACUGCGUACUCUGGACAGAUCAUCAACAUGCUUGGUGCUCUUACUUCUCUCGUGUCGCUUUAG